GUUAAAAAUGAUGCUAUGGCUUUAUACGAAUAUCUUUCAAAAGCACAGCAAGAAAAUCCUGACUGGUACUUUAAAGUAGAUUUUGAAGGUGUUGAUAAUAGACUUUCUAAGAUUUUCUAG